UGCGCAUUGCGACCACUGCUGCAGAAGCGAUUCUGAUGAUCCGCGUCUUUUUUGUCUUUUAAUUAAAUAGACAUAUGUGGAAAUAUGAUAACAACUGUUAAGAAAUACAUUUAAAAACAACUACAACAGUUUGCUCUCUGUUCAUCUAUUCUAAGUGACGUGUCCCGCCGUGCGCGCAGCCGGCCUGCCUCCUCCACUCACUGUGCUCGAGCCGCGCGCGGGUGUGUGAGUGUGUAUGUGUGAUCGUGAGUGCGCGCGCGUGCGUCGUGGCCGGGGCUCUUGAGCAGCACGCGAGUGUGUGUGUCCCGUUUAACGGCUGUCAUGUCCAAACUGGAGCAGAUUCUGAUCCUCGACCCGUCGAGCGACCUCCGUUUCAAAGGACCUUUCACAGAUGUGGUGACCACUAACCUGAAGCUGAGGAACCCGUCCGACAGAAGAGUAUGUUUCAAAGUCAAGACGACAGCGCCUCGCCGGUACUGUGUGAGGCCCAACAGCGGCCUCAUCGACCCCGGCGCCACCGUCAUUAUCUCAGUGAUGCUUCAACCGUUUGAUUACGACCCGAACGAGAAGAGCAAACACAAGUUCAUGGUGCAGACCAUCUUCGCGCCGUCCGGAGCGACGGACCUGGAGGCGAUGUGGAAAGAUGCCAAACCGGACGACCUGAUGGACUCUAAACUGCGCUGUGUGUUCGACAUGCCCUCGGACAGCGAGAAGAUGAGCGAGCUGGAGUCCACCAAAGCGUCGUCGGCUCUGAGCGCGUCGAAGGCCGAUGGCCCGGCCGGAUCCAGGAGCACCGAUGAUGCGGAGAUGAGGAAGGUCGUGGAGGAGUGCAAGAGACUACAGACAGAAGUGGGGAAACUGCACGACGAGAACCGCCAACUCAGGGACGAAGGGCUGAGGAUGAGGAAGGCUAAUCAGUACGACAGCUCGGUCUCGAAGUCUUCCUCGAUGCUGAGUAAAGAGCCGGGUUCGCGCUCGCUCCCGUCGCUGCUCGUCGUCAUCGCCGCGAUCUUCAUCGGCUUCUUCCUCGGGAAGUUCGUCUUGUAGAGUCGGUGUGUGUUCUGGCGAGACGAGCGCGUUCAUGUCCACACCCGUCGAGACGAGCCCUACGGCAGCGGGAGUAAACGUGUCUGUGUACAGGAUCAUUCAAACAGGCCUUGCCUUUCUCACACGGUUAGUACACACACUAGCACACACACACACACACUCACACACGCACACACACUCACUCUCGUUUCUCCCUCUUUUCCGCCGUCUGGGGGUUUUCUGUGGGUCGGGGAAGCAGAAAUCGUCCAUUUUGUCGAAGCAUCACUAGCAGUCUCGCUGAGGCACGUGUGUGUGUGUAGAGACCUUGACAAGUCAACCUAUGAAUAAAUAAAAGGACGUGUUUCUCUUUUUCUCUGUGGUUUUAUUAAAGCGUUUAAUGGAAUGUUUUAAGUGUGUCAUGUACAUGUUCUUUUAGAUUCUGUUGAGAAAAAUGGGAAAUGCAGAUUCAUCGUUAAUAAAAGAAAAACAAACCAGUCGUCUUCGCUACUUUGUCGCCGGAUGGUCACGUGACACACACGUUCCACGUUUAUUUUCUUGAAUGUGACGAGGUCCGCUGGGAAAGACAUGUUUUCCCGCUGACACAAACCCAUUCCAGUCGUUUCAUGGAUUUCUUUAUGCAGAUUAUAUAUUCAAUUGUGAGGCAACUUGACUGAGUACAGCGCCAUGUUGCAGUCGUGUCCCGUGGUGAUGAACGUGGCUGAAAUAAAGAAUCUUUAACACA